UCUGGGGCCGUCGCCCCGGCCCGUCCAUAUGCGGAGGCAGCCGCCGCCGGGCCCCGCCAGCGCCAUGUCGGAGCGGCCCGGGAAGCCCGCCUGCCUCAUCAUCGCCAGCGCGGCCUCCGCGGGUGUGUCUGCCCAAUCCUUUCUUCAUUCUUUUACACUGGCUAGCGCUGCUUUUAAUCUACAAGUUGCCACUCCAGGGGGGAAGUUAAUUGACUUUGUUGAUGUGAAUGAGAGCAACAUGCGUUGGAUACAGGACUUCCGAAUGAAAUCUUAUGCAAAUCCUGCCAAGUUAGAGUCAAUUGAUGGUGCUAGAUACCAUGCCCUGUUGAUUCCUAACUGUCCUGGGGCUUUGACUGACCUUGCAAACAGUGGAUACCUAGCUAGGAUAUUGCAGCACUUCAGCAAUGAGAACAAGCCUAUUUGUGCUGUGGGACAUGGAGUUGCUGCUUUAUGCUGUGCCACAAAUGAGGAUAAAUCGUGGGUAUUUCAGGGAUACAGCCUGACAGGGCCCUCUGUGUAUGAGCUGAUAAGGCAGCCCAGUUUUGCCAGUUUGUCCAUUAUUGUGGAGGACUUUGUGAAAGAUUCUGGAGCGACUUUUAGUGCCAGCAAGCCAGAUGCCGUACACAUAGUUCUGGACAGGCACCUUGUUACAGGACAGAAUGAGAAUUCCACUGUUAUAGCAGUCCAGAACCUUAUUAAUCUCUGCAAUGGCAGCAGGAAAUGAAGGAGCCGGCCUCCUUGUAGCUGGAAUGGAUGAAGAGCCAGAGAGACUGAAGAUUUUCUUGUCUGUGAAUAGGAUGUCUUGCUGAUGAAGAGGGCCAUCAGCACUUCUGUUGAUUCUGUGAUCAUGAAGAGGUGGUACCAAUGUACAUGCAGAGUGGAUAAAGCUUGUGAACAAGAAAGCAUUUACGUGUGUCACUCCUUAAACAUGAUCCUGAAAUAGUCUCACUUAUCUUUCUGGUAGUGAAACUUUUCUUGCAGAUUUUAUCCCCCCUGCCCUUGAAAAAAGAGGUUUCUACAUUUUACAUGGGAAAACAUCCUAAAAAGAGCAUAUAUAUUUAUAGUACCAACACUUCUCCUUGUGCUAAAGGGCAGAGAUCCCACUCCAGGGCUAUAUGAUGUCAGCCCUUAGUUGGGAACCUGAUAAUCCAACUCCAUAGCAAAACAGUUCUGGAAUACUCGCAGUUUAGGUCCAUUCAUUUAUCAGCUGGUGCCUGUGGUUCAAAUAUCAAACUCCACAAUUAAUGCUGCAUUGAAUUGCAGUUUGAAGUCUAUUCUAUACCUCUGUCCAAUGAGUCACAAAGUUGGCUCCAGACUCUCUAAAUGGAUUUUUGAAAGUGUGACAGAUUUGAGAUAUAAAGGAAAAUGCUUAGAUAAAUCCUGCAUGAGUGCAACUUGAACAAUUGAGUCUGAAGCAGCUCACCUUGACGAUACCAUUGACAUAAUAUGCUCUUUUCUCAUUGUGUAUUCAGGUUAAUGCACUUCUUUAAAAAAUCUGCUCAAAGGUUGUUUUAAAGGACCCUCUAAAAAGUCAUUUGCAGUACUGUCUUGUGCAGCAUGUAUUAUGAAUUUGUAUUGUUUGGAUUGUCAGAAAUAUUGAUCUCUGGCAAGUACAGUGCGAUUGUCUGUUCUUGGAAUUAAUUUUAUUACAGAAGUAAAAAUUUAGAAAUGAAUUUACUUAGACCAAAUAGAUUUCAUCCUGCACAUAGUUUCUUAGUAGAUCAAUGACUCAUUCUCUUUGCAUUUCAUAUUGAGCAUGUUAUUUGUUCCUUUCCAUCCAUUUAAAAAAUGAAAGGGACCAUCAGCCCACGAAGAAGGGUUUUCCCUCCACCUUAGUCCUAACCAUGUGAAAGCUGUUGCCAGAAGGUGGAUGCAUUCAUGGUUGUUUUUUUCCAUGACUGAAAUUGAGACCACCCUUUUCUGCAGUAUUCUCUAGGGAACAGGACUCAUGAAGUUUCUCCUGGUUUAAUUUUUUCUUAAAGGGAGCAUGAGAUGCUGUAAUCAUAGUGAUCUGGCAGACCAGCCUUGUUUCCUUUUCUGAGGGGAAAUGUUUAUUAGCUCUACUUCCUCUCAGAACUGGUGUGUGAGUUUAAAUAAUUUGCUAUGGGGGUUUCCAGGCUUUCUGUCUGUGUUGUAAACUGAAGCCCUGCUUUUAGAUUUGCACUUAUGAUGGAAAUGUUUGUUAAAUCUUCAUCCCUGUCAGCUUCUGUCAAGAAUUUUCUUUUAGUUUCUUCUCUGCUGCCAGAACAUAUGUCUCAGCUACAGUUUUUGGUGGACCAUCCAGUGAAAUGAUGUGGAACGUCUAUUUCGGUAGCAUGCAGAGGUGGGGCAGUAUGGGACAGCUUCUGAAAGCCAGCAACAGUCGAUGUAAGCAACACGGUAUCUACGCUCACGCUGCGUCAACCUAACUACAUCGCCAUUGACUCGACGCCUCUCAUGGAGGUGGAGUUAAGUCAGUGUAACGGGCCAGUUAUGUCUGUGGGAGUGAAAUUUUUACUGUAGAUGCUUACAUAAGCUGUUUUGCGUCUACCUAACUCUAGAAUAGACCAGGACAGAGAUUGGGGCCCCAUUGUGCUGGGUGAUGUACUCACACAGAGCAAGAGAUAGGCUCUGCCUCAAAGAACUUACAGUCUAAAUAGACAAAACAAAGCCCUGUCCACUAGACCAGAGGUUCUCAAACUGGGAGGCAGGCCCUGGGGGCGAGGGCAGCACAUGAGCAGUUUUAGGGGGGGAAAGACUUACUGCGCACAUUUUGCCCACAGCAGUGAAUAAUUAGCAAAGCUCAUUCCUCCAGACAUUGUAGCUCCUCAGAUGGCGCUGUGUAUUUGACGCUAGAUGGCACUGUUCAUAUUGAUGGGUUUCUGUUAACCUUGCAUCAUACAAAGUUGCUGCCAUCUGUAUAUUAAUCUGUUUGCUAUGACACUGCGUGCACAUUUAACUGUAAGCAUCAAGCACAAUCGCUGUUUUGCCUUUGCUCUUAUUACUAUGGAUCAUUGCUCUGUUUGAA